GCCCAGGGAGGGCCCCGGGCUGUGCGAUGGGCGCCGAGGCCUUGGGGAGCGGGCCGGCGCUGCGGGAGCUCAUGCGCGAGGCCGAGACCAGCCUGCUCGAGUGCAAGGUGUGUUUUGAGAGGUUCGGCCACAGCCAACAGCGGCGCCCCCGUAACCUGCCCUGCGGCCACGUGGUCUGUCUGGCCUGCGUGACCGCCCUGGCGCACCCUCGGACGCUGGCCCUCGAGUGCCCCUUCUGCCGGCGAGCCUGCCCGGCCAGCGACACCAGCGACUGCCUGCCGGUGCUGAACCUACUGGAGUUACUUCCCGCCCCGGGAACCCAGCGCGCUGCCGCCUCCAUCCCCGGGAACUUCUCCUGCCACCACGCCUUCGGCGGCUGGGGGACUUUGGUCAACCCCACCGGGCUGGCGCAGUGUCCCCAGACGGGGCGGGUCGUGGUGGUGCACGACGGCAGGAGGCGGGUCAGGAUUUUUGACUCUGGGGGAGGAUGCGCUCAUCAGUUUGGAGAGAAGGGGGAUGCUGCUCAGGACAUUAGGUACCCGCUCGAUGUCACCGUCACCAACGACUGCUAUGUGAUUGUCACCGAUGCCGGCGACCGUUCCAUCAAAGUGUUUGAUUUUCUUGGCCAGCUCAAGCUGGUCAUCGGAGGCCAGUUCGCCUUACCUUGGGGUGUGGAGACCACCCCUCAGAAUGGGGUCGUGGUAACUGAUGCAGAAGCAGGUUCUCUGCACCUCCUGGAAGUUGACUUUCCGGAAGGGGUCCUCCGGAGAACCCAGAGGUUGCAAGCUCACCUGUGCAGUCCCCGAGGGGUGGCGGUGUCCUGGCUCACCGGGGCUAUUGCGGUCCUCGAGCGCCCCCUGGCGCUGGGGGCGGGGGCCUGCAGCACUACCGUCAAGGUGUUUAGCGCCAGUAUGCAGCUCCUCCGUCAGGUGGAUACCUUUGGGCUGAGCCUCUUCUUCCCCUCCAAAAUAAUUGCCUCCGCUGUGACCUUCGAUCAGCAGGGUAAUGUGAUUAUUGCAGAUACUUCUAGUCAGGCAGUCCUAAGCUUAGGAAAACCUGAGGAGUUUCCAGUUCUGCAGCCCAUCAUCACCCACGGUCUUUCCCAUCCUGUGGCCCUCACCUUCACCAAGGAGAAUUCUCUUCUUGUGCUGGACAGUGCAUCCCAUUCUGUAAAAGUCUAUAAGGUUGACGAGGGCUGAUGGAGUGAGCGCCUGAACUCGGGGCCUGGAUCAGAAGCCCUGGAAUUGCCACUGAUGAAUGAACUGGUUAACCCUGGAUAAUUCACUGAGUUCACCUCUCCAAUAGGGAGCUUAUAACUGCCUGACAGUCUUGUAAAAGUUGAGGCAAUUAUUAAAGAAGAAGAAUAAAGUUACCAUUGAUUGGGUAUGUACUCCCUGUGCUAAGAAAUAUAUGAAUCUUAGCUUAUUUAAUCCUUACAAAUACCCAGUGUGGUCAUUUCUGUUACAAUUCUCACUUCAGGAGUUAUAAAGGUCACAUUUGUGAGCCCUUCAUCCCCACUCCCAGGUCACAUUUACUUAACGUGAAAGUAACAGUUGAAGGCCCUCCCUGGUGGCGCAGCAGGUUAAAGCACAACACUAAGAAGCUUAAGCCACUUCCUCAUGAGUUUGA